AUGCCGUCCAGCAUUAACGGCGCACGCAACGCGCCACCAGAGACCUCCCGCAGGCGCUCAGCGGCAGCGGCUUCGUCGGCGGCCCCCGUCCCCCAGGCGCCUGUGCCAAAGCGCAAGCUUAUUGACACGGCUGCCGAUCAACGCAAGAAGACCAAGAUUGAAGCGGCUUCUCCUGAACCUCCCGCGCCCGCUGCGUCUGGGUCGCGCCGCGUCUCUACCCGGAUGGCUGUCGGCGCCAUGACCGUUGACGACCUCGCCGCCGAACCCACUCUCCCAAACACGAACGGGACCAACGGCACUACCGCCCUGCCAGCUGGCCGCGCCCGCCGCGGUGCGCGCAAGAACGCCGAGACCGCCGAGCCCGCACCUGUGGAUGACGCGCCUGCUGUCAACGGCGGGGCUGAGGCCGAAGGAUCCACCACACAGGGCCGUCGUCGCGGACGCGGAUCGGGCGCUUCCGACGCCGCCGAGCCUGCGAAGCGCGCUCGUCGCGGUCGUGGGUCCGGCGCCAGCACCGGCGCCGGUGUCGCCAUUGGUGGUGUCGCAGUCGACACACCAUCCCGCCCCGCGUCAGUGUACGACGACGCGGAUGACGCCGAGGACGACGAGCUGGUGGACGACCUGAUUGCCGGCGAAGAGGACGAGGAUGACGACAUGGACGACAAGUCUUCUGUCCGUGAGACUGCCGACGAGGACGAGGAUGAGCUCGGUGGAGAGGAGGAGGAGGAGGAAGACGAGCUGGAUGAUGACAGCAGCGACGAUGACGAGGAUGAGGAGGAAGGCGUCAACUGGGAGGGUGAGGAUGAGCUUGAGGAGGACGAAGACGAGGCCCCCGUCCGUCGCUCCCGCCGCGCUGCUGCUGUCAAGAAGGCGCCCGCCCCCAAGCCCAAGCCCAAGGGCAAGGGCAAGGCAAAGGCUACCGAUGUCGAUGUCAAGGAAGGUACCCCUCUGUCGGAGAAGGCAAGGCGCUCGCCCAAGCCCAAGCCCGCGCCACGCGCUAUUCGUCAACUCCCCAUUGCCGCACCACGCAACCGCUGGGGCCGUACUCAAGAGGACGUCGACUCGGACCUCCGUUCCUUACUUGACACCGAGGAGAAGGCCAACGCGUACCUCGCUUCCAAAUGGAUCGACGCCAAGGAGCUCCACCGUCUCGAGGGUCUUGGUCUGAUCAAGUACAAGCGUGGCAAGUGGUCCGAGGCUGAGCGUACGGCCAUGCGCGACCACAUUAAGGGCUUCCAGGAGGAGAGCAACCUCGGCGACGCCGAACUCCUCGAGGUGCUCAUGUGCAAGGGCCGCUACGACAAGCGCUCUGCUUACCCGCACUUCUGGGCCGAGCUCUCUGCCAAGGUCCCUGGCCGCCCCGUCAAGUACGUUGUCCCCGCUGUUCAGCGCAUGUACGACCCCCGCGCCCGCAAGGGUGCUUGGACACAAGCCGAAGACACUGCACUGCUGGAGGCGUAUGAAAAGUAUCCCAACGAGUGGACCAAGAUUUCAGACAUUGUCGAGCGUACGGUUCACGACUGCCGUGACCGUUGGAAGUGCGAGCUGCGUGACAAGGACAGGCGCAACACUGGCCCCUGGACUGAGGAUGAGACUGAGAGGCUGAAGGAGGCUGUCGCCAAGGCGAACGAGCAGUUGGGCCUCGAGCCACUGAGCGCCGACACGCCAUGGGACGUUGUCGUCAACCUUAUGGGCGGCACUCGUACUCGUACGCAGUGCCGCAAGAAGUGGCAGGACACCAUGGGCUACGGCCACCGCAACACCCCAGAGCCCAAGAAGCGCGGUCCCCGUCUCGACCCCCGCCUCCUCCUUGCCCGCAUGCGCCAGCUCGGCAUCAAGCACGAGUCGGACGUUCAGCACGGUGUCGUCAUGCUCCCCGAGUGGGGCCUUACCCCGGCCCAGCUGCGCCGCAAGUGGCACCACCUGAAGAACACGGUGCCCGACCGUGAAGGUCUGACGUUUGACGAACUUCUCGACAAGAUCGAAGGGGGCCUGCCUGCCGUCAAGGAGCCCAAGGCCAAGGGAGGCAAGAAGGCCGCGCCCAAGACUGCCGGUCGCAAGAGGAAGGUUGCUGAGGCGGACGACGCUGCGUUUGGCGAUGAAGGCGAGGAGGGGGGCGACGAGGUCCUCGCUGAGGCGGACUAG